UGCAUGACUCCCAAAGCUCAACAGGGCAGGUUGGAGGAGCUCCUGUGAACAACAGAAUGGCUGCUAAAACGCUGACGCUCCGGCUUCUCCUGCUGGGGACGGUUCUGUCGCUGGCCAGCUGUCAGCACUGGUCGUUUGGUCUGAGCCCAGGAGGAAAGAGGGAAUCGGAUGGCUUUCCAGACAUGCUGGACAGCCAGAUAUUUGAAGGUUUGGCGAAUGCAGAGGCACCCUGCAGUGUUCUGGGCUGUGCAGAGGAGUCACCGUUUGCCAAAUUCUACAGAAUGAGGGGCCUUCUUGCGAGGGUACCUGAGGGGGAACGCAGACACCAGGCAUUCAAACAGUGAUGUCUUAGGCAAUGAUAUGUUAUAGAUGUAGGAG